CAGGAAUUGUUGAACUAUACUUCUUUUUUCUUUGUGAUGCUCUCCCGCCCCCCACCCCACCCCCCGCACCACAGUAGGCAAACACACAGGCCCCGCUAAGAAAAAGCAAGCAGGAGGACUGGCAUCAGCGCUUAUUCGGGCAGUGUCGGAGGUCUGAAACAAGCACAGCGAAAAUAUAAUAAUUGUUCGUGUGUUUGCUUCUUUUUUUCCCUUCAAGAAUCUUCUCUUUCUUCACUUCCCUCCGUUUAACCCUUUCCCUCCCUCCGUGCCAACCUUCCUGCUAAGCAGCAAAUUCUCCGGUUUUCCUGAUUAUGUUUGCCUACGCGUUGGGAAGAUGUGUGAAGUUCGUUCGCAAGUUUUCCAAAUUCAUCGGGCCUGGCUUUAUGAUUGCCGUGGGAUACUUGGACCCUGGUAACUGGGCUACCGACAUGGAAGGUGGAUCGCAGUUUGGAUAUCGCCUUCUCUUCAUCAUUUUGCUGUCGAACGUCAUCGCCGUGUUCCUACAAAACCUGACCAUCCGCUUGGGUGUCGUUUCUGGACUUGAUCUUGCGAGUGCAUCCCGCCGUUACUUGCCCAAAUACCUCAACCUGUUCCUCUAUGUCCUGGCCGAACUUGCGAUUAUUGCGACCGAUAUGGCUGAAGUUAUCGGUAGCGCGAUCGCUCUGAAUCUGCUCAUUCCACAGCUGCCACUACCGGCGGGUGUUGCAAUCACAGCAGCAGACGUGUUCAUUAUCCUGCUGUUCUACAGCGAGGACCACACAGACCCGGACAGCCAGACAGAGACAGCAUCUUUGCGCGUGAUUCGACUGUUUGAGACGUUUGUCAUGAUGCUGGUCCUGGCUGUCGGCAUUUGCCUCAGCAUUAUUCUUGCUUACUCCGACAUCAAUCCCAUCGAUGUGGUGAGGGGCUACAAGCCGGUCAAGGAAAUCUUUACCGAUACGGCAAGUCUCUAUGUUUCAAUUGGCAUCAUUGGUGCCACAGUGAUGCCGCACAAUCUGUACCUCCAUGGUUUCAUUGUCCAGGCACGAUGCCGCGAAUGGCGUGCCAAGCGUCCCCAAGCCGAAACGAUUGAUGACGACAACAAACAAUGGAUCCUUAGCUCCGUUGCACGAAAAUUUGUGCUAGAAGGACCAGAAAAGCCCAGCGAAGCAGAAACACGUGUUUCGAUGGAUCAUACCACCGCAGAAAAGAAGCAUUUCAACGCACACAGCCUGCGCCGGUAUAUUAAAUCAUCGCUUAGGGACAAUCUGUUGUUUAACUUUAUCGACCUGGUCAUCGCCCUCCUGUUUGCCUUUUACGUCAAUUCAGCCAUCCUUAUUGUCGCUGCCUCUAACUUUUACUAUGCACCUGCCGGCCAACAACAAGAAGUCACCGAUCUGUUUGACGCACAUGAGCUACUCUCGCGCUACCUGAGUCCAGCAGCCGGCGUUAUCUUUGCCUUGGCUCUCUUGUGUGCAGGUCAGUCGUCGACGAUCACGGCCACGCUUGCGGGCCAGGUCGUCAUGUCCGGCUUUCUGGGUAUGAGCACACGACCUUGGGUGCGUCGUAUUGUGACGCGGCUGGUGGCCAUUGUGCCGGCUCUCGUGGCAGCCUGUAUUGCUGGCCGGUCAGGUCUGAGCCAACUGCUCGUGGGCAGUCAGGUCGCACUCAGUGUCCAACUGCCGUUUGCGGUGGUGCCUUUGGUCAUUUUCACGUCAUGGAAAAAGGUCAUGAAGGUCGAAUUGGUUGUGGACAAGAGCAACCCGGCUGUGGAUCGUGGCAAGGUGACUAUGUCGUGGAUCGACAAGCUGUUUCCACGCAUGCCUACAUGGCGGCCAUCGUGGUGGCAGCCCGCCAAGCAAAAGCUCCUCCCGCGUCUGCAAUGGGGCGAAAAGGGUGGCGACAGUCCGACAAUUGUCAAGACAGAUACCUCGUCGUCGAUCGCCACGGAGAGCCCGGUGGUCCUGAAUGAAUUGCCAGAGCCGCUUAUCUACAAUAAUGGGUGGAUUGUCAAGAUUGUCGCCUGUCUGAUAUCUGCGCUGCUCAUUGGUCUGAACGGCUAUCUUGUGGUUGCAGCGGCGCUGGGACUAUAAGCAAGCAAACCGAUGAAUUAUCAUUUAUACCUUAUCCCCACUCUUCCCAUACAAACAUGUCUCCAACGAAAAGAACUUGUAUAUACAGUAUAGCGUAGCCUCUCCAAUUCUUGUCUCCUUUAAUUUUCUUACUCCCUUACUUUUCUCUUUCUCAAAAACAAAAGUUUUUCCUGAACAAAUCAAAUCA